GAUUUUCGCAUCUUCAAUUCUCCCAACCCACGCACACUCGAUUUGCGAUCGUGCUGCUGAAGCGAUUGUCGAACCGACACUGCCGAAUGACCACUACCAACAUCGCAAUGUCGCAGAAUCAGCCCCACGCACAGCCUCCGUUGCCCGAGCGUAAUGCAUUUAUUCACAAUUCUGCCAUUGCUGGUGCAGUCAUUGCACCUCUCGCUAUGCUGCUACCACCAAGAAAGAUAGAUCUUCGAUUCUUCGUCCUUGCCAGCGCCUUCUCUCUUGCCACAAACCAGCUCGCCUACGAGUAUACAGGCUCGUCGAUCUACUCACGGUUCGGAAACCGUGUGGGCUCCAUAUUUGGAACCGAACUUCCCGAAGGUGCUCAGCGCACCCAACGACUACUACGUGAGCACCGAGAGCGCGAGGCGGCACUCAAAGCUAGGUUAGGCCAACAUAAUCCACGAAGCGAAGAGGAGAAGACAGGUGUGGCCAAGGCGCUCAAUGAUGUGUGGAUGGGGGGCGAGGAGAAGAAUUGGCGAGAGCAGCGUGCCAAAGAGCAUCAACAAAAGAUGGAAGAGGGCAAGGGUAUUGGCGAUAUCAUCAUGGAGCAAGUCGCAGAUGUCUGGAAUGGAAAUUGGGGAAAGGGUGCCAAGAAACAAGAUGGCGAGACCACAACGGACGACGCUUCAUCGAUCGGGAAGAAAUAGCACUAUCUUAACCGAGGAGAGACAACAUAGAUGUUCAAACAACACUGGAAGGGACCAUCCAGUCUUAUACCCAUUGUCGACAAAAUGCGACAUGCACAAGACCGAACUGUACCACUAUCAACGGAAAAGGCGAAGGUCCGCCAGGGCAAUACGACUGUAAUGAGCAAUGAAGAGGGCUAGGACAACGUAUAUAGGGCAGCUCAUGUCAUGUACGAUACAACAGUUUCAGGAGCAUAUAGGGCCACUGACCGGAGUGCCACAUGAGCAGUCAGCAAUCCACAGUGCCAGGCGUUGUCAAGAAGUUUUCAGUCAAUGCAGGCUGGCUGCUAGAAUAUUGAAGUGGUGUUUGCAUCAUUCAUACCACACCCGUCUUGUAUAGCGUUUGACACAUCGAGCGUUGUCGUGUCCUCGGCCUCCAACACAGAAGGGGGAGCGAAUGUUGGAAUCCUUUGCCUGCCAAUAGUCUUGGCGUUGAGAUCAUCCCACAAGACUGAUUCGUUAUGCCAUCUGAUGUGAGGGGUGAGGUGGAC